AUGCUAUUUGUAGAUGAUAGCCUCAUUUUCUAUACUGCUGAUGUUGAGAUUAAUCACAGAUUACUUGAGCUCUUGAAAACAUAUGGGGAUGCUUCAGGUCAGCUAAUUAACCAAGACAAAACUGUCAUGGUGUUUAGUCAGAAUACUGAGGUUGCUAACAAGAGAGCUAUUAUGGAAUUGUGGGGUAAUUCACAAGUACAACACUAUGACAAGUAUCUAGGCUUACCACCAUUGAUUGGUAAAUCAAAGAUGACUGCAUUUGUUGAGAUUAAGCACAAAGUAUGGAUGAAAUUACAAGGUUGGAAAGGCAAUAUAUUUUCUCGAGGGGGAAGGAGGAAUGAUGACAAGUUACUGAUUGGGACAAAAGGAGGAGGAAAUGUCCAUUGGGUUAGCUGGCAUAGCAUGUGCAAACCUAAAGUUGUUGGAGGUUUAGGGUUCAAAGACUUGGAAACCUUCAAUAUGGAUAUGCUAGCUAAACAAAGUUGGCGGCUACUGCAGUAUAAGGAUGGCUUGUUCUACAAGGUUUACAUUGCCAGGUACUUCUCUAAUUCUACUCUAUUUGAGGCUCCUCUUGAUAGUUCACCCUCUUUUGCUUGGAGAAUGAUAUGGGAGGCUAAGAAUCUGUUAAUCAAAGGUUUUCAACAACAAGCUACUGUCAAGAAUAUGAACUAUAGGUGGAGUCCACCUCCACCAAGCUGGUUUAAGCUAAAUGUAGAUGGGGCACUCUUAUUUGAUUGCAAUAAAACUGGAAUUGGAGCUAUACUUUGA